GAAUAUAUUUAUGGUUUAUUACAGGAAAAACGAAGUGCAUCUAAAACGAAUAAAAUUGGACUUAAAAUAUAUGGAAACUCAAAAUAAGAGGCUGAAGGAACACAUUAAAGAAAAAAUGAUACAAAAAUUUGGUUGUAAAGUGUCUUUGAUUAACCUUUAUCAGACUAUUUUACAAAGAUUAAUUUAUGAUACAAAAAUUGAUGUACGGAAAAUUAUGAAGAGUUUAUCUAAAAACAUAGAAAAUGCAAAAUGGAAUUGCAAUAAAGGAUUAAUUGUUUUAAAAACUUUAAUUCGAAAUAAUACCGAAAAAUUAAGUUUCUUGACAAUAUUAGAAAAAGAAAAGUUCAAACUCAGAAAAAUUUUGGAACAAACUUUACUCUCAGAAGAAACUAUGCUACAAAUAGAACAUGAGCACAAAGUUGACAUAGUUGCGCUUGAAAAUAUUCUUUAUAAUCAAAUACAGCAAAAACAUAUACUGCAAUAUGAUAUAGAAGGUCUUAAAACUGGAUCAAAAAAAUUAUCUUCAAUUUGUUUGGAUUAAAAUACAUCAUAAAAAUAUUAACUUUAAGUAUAAUUAUUGGUUAAUUAAUUAUAUAAUGGUUUAUUUAUAUAAUCAUUUAGCAUUCUUGAAAAUAAAAUUUCUUGAAUUGGCCAAUUUUUGAUUUGAUUUUCGGCGUUGUCACCGACCAUGUCAAUCCAAUGAUCGCGAUAUAUUCCGAUG